CACUUGCCAGUAGCUUCCAACAAUUUGUUCGAACCGCCACACGGAAAUGGAUCGUUCACACUUUAAAGAAGAAUUCUUUUAAUUAUGAUCAUCGUGUUUCCUUCGAUCUCGCGAUGUGUAUGUGCACUGUACUUAAUUACAAAGAACCAUCGAGUGCCGAUCAACACGUGUUGAAUCAAAUUCGAAUUUCGUCACCCCAUUCUGUGUACAAUGAAAUAGUUAUUAGAAUGCUUCCAAGAACAAGCCGAUUGUGAGGAGAAAAAGAAAUCGCCUCCUAGAUAAAAGAUUGAGACAUUUAAAUAUAAAUAAACUUGAAAGUUGUUGGCUAGCUAUUUUUAAUAUGUCGAGGAACAGAUUACAUUGAACGUAAGGGGAAUUAUCGCGAUCAUGGUCAGUUCAUAGCCGACUCUGACCCCCCGAACCCGAUGGACGUACCCCUGUUCCCAGCCCCGCCGACCGCCCUCGGUGCCGUAACGUCGACAUCGGCGGUCAGCGUCAGUGACGCGAUAGACCUCGCGAAACUGACACCUGUUUCAUUAUCCACGAUCGCGUGUAAUCGUGAAGGGAAGAAUGUCCGAGCGAGAACCGGUCGUCCGUCGCAGAGGGUGCGGCGAUGCUCUAUACGGAAGAACCUAGUGUACCCGAAAUUUAAGGGUACCGGGAGAACCCACCGGGUUCCUCAGAGCCGCCGUCGGAUCACAGAACUUCGUAUAAGAAUGACGGAACAGCCGAGAAACGAGAGCGACGAUGACGAAGACGUCGUCUAUGCGAUCGACACGCCUACGACAGUCUCGGAAGAUAUUUCGCCGGACUACAAACCGACGGUGAUCAAUUUCAACGAAAAGGCAACGAGAUCCGUGACGGUGCAAACGACAGUCGGUUUGCCAUUACGAUUAAGGGUGUUCCCGUCCAUCAAAGACAUCGUGGAAGAAGAUGACGUUAAAUCGAAGAACACAAGAGGCCUCUCGAGGGUGUGGAGGCAUAUCAGGUUCCUAGGAAGACUGUCUCUUUCUAUGUUUGGAUUGCUAUGGCUGUUAUGCGUUUGGGCGAUCGUCGGUGCUGUCGCGUUUUGCGCAACGGAGGGGCCGAGAGAACGUGAACAGGUCGUUCGUUUGAAAACUGCGCAGAAGGAAUUGGCCGUCGGUUUGGCCACGGAUCUGCGACAACUGCGUACGGAGAAAUUAGAGGAUGUGGAACCCAUCUGGAGCGACAAGGUGGUACAAUACCUUUUAGACCAUGAAGAAAUGCUGCUGAUGGCAGUUAACGCAGGAUAUGGAGAAAGUGGGCACAGUGGACAGCUCUGGACGUUUCCUGGUUGCGUCCUCUUCGCCCUCUCGCUGCUGACCACCCUCGGCUUUGGUGCACCGGUUCCGAGAACGACAGCUGGCCGAACGGUUACAGUUAUUUUCGCCGCGAUAGGUAUCCCCGCGCAUUUUCUUUUGAUCAUGAAUCUGGGCCUCUUGCUGGCGCUACGCUUGCAGAGGUACGCCAUAUCGAAGAAGUUCGCCAAUUAUGAUCCGACGGAUCCUAAGUGUUUAGCGCCGGUACCGAAGUGGGUCAAGAUCGUACCGUUUGUUUGCGGAGUCAGUUACUAUCUGCUGGGCGUGGUCUGUUUCGGCGUAGCCAGAUCCAGACCGUUCGCGGCGAGCAUUCUGUUUCCUCUGGACUUCACGGCAGCCGGCGGUCUCUCGACGAUAGUCGGCCACGUUCGAAUAUUAUACGGCCUUUACUUGGAAGGCGCCGUUGCCAUUGCGGCGAUCGCGGUCGCCGUUUUGCGAGUAUCCGCGACUCAAGGUUUAACUCACAUCGGUCUCAAAUACGGGUUACUCAUCGAGGCUUGAAAUUUUACGACGUACUUCUAAAUUCAAGAUCAAACUAAAAAUGUGUAUGUUAAAAAGAACUUUAUUUAUCUACUAAACGUGUCAACCGUUGACGCGAACAGAUAUUGCGGUUGAAGCACGUCAUUGGGGGAGAGGCUAUCUCGUGCAGAAGAUGUCGAAUCAACUCAAUAUAUACAGUUUCUCUGAACUAUUCUCAAGUAACAUACAGCUGAGACGUGCCUCCGGAACUUUUCGAAAAAGCUAUUGUACAUAAAGUUGACUACUUUUAUAUGUCGCCGUUGAUAAGAUAGGAUACACCUGUUUAUCCUUAAUUUAGCACUAUUAUCAUGCGUUAUCAAUUUAAUCGCUUAACGUAUUGGUAUGGUACAUGUACAAACGACAAUUUUUAACAAUAAAAAGAGCAAGCUAUAUUCAAA